AUGGAAUCAGAGCAGUUAAUAUCUCUGGAUCUCUGUCCAACCCCAACCUCCCACCUCAUAGACAUCUCAGGUGAGACUGUGCCUGAAGAGCAAUCCUCAAAGUGCUUUCUACAGACUGGGCAGGUGGGGGCGCCAGUGUCACAGCCAGCUCCAGUUACAGAGCAGGAGACAGCAGUGGGGCAAGUGAAGGAACAAGAUACACCUGCAGAGGGAACAGGAGAGGAGACAGAGGGGGCAGUUUCAGAUGAACAAGUGGCUGCAGGGGGUGCAAAUUUAGAUUCACAGGUGAUAGGGGAGGAAGGGCCCGGGGUACCUGAGCCGCUCAUACACCUACAUACAGAGGGUCCAGUUGCAGAGGAGGCAGAGCCCACCCUACAGGUAACAGGGGAGAAUGGGGUAACUGAGCAGCUCAUACAGGUGCAUACAGGGGGUCUAGAGGCAGAGCCCACCCUACAGGUAACAGGGGAGAAUGGGGUAACUGAGCAGCUCAUACAGGUGCAUACAGGGGGUCUAGAGGCAGAGCCCACCCUACAGGUAACAGGGGAGAGUGGGGUAACUGAGCAGCUCAUACAGGUGCAUACAGGGGGUCUAGAGGCAGAGCCCACCCUACAGGUAACAGGGGAGAGUGGGGUAACUGAGCAGCUCAUACAGGUGCAUACAGGGGGUCUAGAGGCAGAGCCCACCCUACAGGUAACAGGGGAGAGUGGGGUAACUGAGCAGCUCAUACAGGUGCAUACAGGGGGUCUAGAGGCAGAGCCCACCCUACAGGUAACAGGGGAGAGUGGGGUAACUGAGCAGCUCAUACAGGUGCAUACAGGGGGUCUAGAGGCAGAGGAGGCAGAGCCCACCCUACAGGUAACAGGGGAGAGUGGGGUAACUGAGCAGCUCAUACAGGUGCAUACAGGGGGUAUAGAGGCAGAGCCCACCCUACAGGUAACAGGGGAGAGUGGGGUAACUGAGCAGCUCAUACAGGUGCAUACAGGGGGUCUAGAGGCAGAGGAGGCAGAGCCCACCCUACAGGUAACAGGGGAGAGUGGGGUAACUGAGCAGCUCAUACAGGUGCAUACAGGGGGUAUAGAGGCAGAGCCCACCCUACAGGUAACAGGGGAGAGUGGGGUAACUGAGCAGCUCAUACAGGUGCAUACAGGGGGUAUAGAGGCAGAGCCCACCCUACAGGUAACAGGGGAGAGUGGGGUAACUGAGCAGCUCAUACAGGUGCAUACAGGGGGUCUAGAGGCAGAGCCCACCCUACAGGUAACAGGGGAGAGUGGGGUAACUGAGCAGCUCAUACAGGUGCAUACAGGGGGUCUAGAGGCAGAGGAGGCAGAGCCCACCCUACAGGUGACGGGGGAGGAAGGGACAGUCAAGGUGGGAACAGAUGGAAAGGCGAGUGACUCAAGUGAGGAAGCUGAGAAAGAGGUGACACCUAAUCCCUGUGCCGGCCCUUGCUGGGAGGGGACAGUAGAGUGCCCUGACGCCUGCCGGGAGAGGGAGUGCACCCAUAGAGAGGUGAAGACAGACCCAACUGGGCAGGGAGACACUCACACUGGGACCGAGAGGAGACAGUGCCACAGCACAGCAGCCAUGAAAGAGAGGGAGAUCCAGGUAGAGGAGGAUGCACCCAUCUUUGAGACCCCCAUAGAGAGGGAGAUCCGGUUGGCUAUGGAGAGAGAGCAGAUGCUCCGGCAGGAGAGGGGUAUCAGUGCCCCGGUGGGGCAGCCGGAGCUGGUGGAGGUGCGCAGGAAAGUGAUAGUGGGGGAGCAGCUGGCAGGAGUGGGCAAGGAGCGCCAGCUGGCGGGGGCACAGAUGCUCCGAGACAUCCAGCAGGAGAGCCGCAGGGAGCAGGACCUGGUGGAGCUGGGGAAGGUGAUGGGGACCUACGAUCGGGGGCAGCAGCAGGAGGUGUACGAGAAGAAGAUGCUGUUCGAGAGCAUGGUUACAGUGCCCUCGGAAUCUCCCAUCAAGAAGAGGCAAAGUGAGUCCCCAGAUUUCCUGGAGCCCGAGUUUGCUGAAUUUGUGCUCCUAGAUGGCCCUACCAUUGUGGCACCAGAAGCUUCCAAUGUUGAGGUUAAAAAAGGACCUUCAUUUGCGGAGGCCAAUGGAAGCAAUGUUAUCCUCAUAGAGCACAGUUCCCUUCUCUGCCGACCUGCAUCGGUCAGCCCCCUAGACUCACCCCCUGUGGUUCCAACCCCACCAUCUUCCAUCCGGGCAGAAUCUCCGGCCCCGGCUGCAGGGAGCCCCUACUUCAUGCUCAACUCCCCCAGCCCUCGCUCUCUGCUGGAGAGAGAAAUCGAAGAGGUGCAGCAGAGGGAGAAAGAACUGAAAAGGCAACGGAGUAGCAUUUAUGGGAAGGAGGCCCUGGAGAUUCCCAUAAAGGCACAGGAGAAUCGAGAGGACAUAAUGUCUGGGGAAUAUCAACCAGAGCGGCCCAGCUGGAGAAAACUGGAAGUUAACUGGCCCCCAAACCAAGAAGCGUCUGAGAAUGGUCUAGAAUAUGAGCAGGUCAAAGAAAGUGCUCCCCUUCGUAGACAACGCAGCCUUCUCAUUCAGAGCUGGGAAUCUGGCAACCCAACCCCUCGGGAUGAGCAGUAGAAAGGACCGCACAUACAGCUGCACUGACUAUCUUGUUUUGUCUGGAAUCCUACUAUCCCUGUAGACUUUUUGAGAAAAAAAAAAUGACACUGCCCCUUUCUUCCUGUUUGUCUCUGACAUCACUGCUGCACAUGACAUCAUUACAUGACAUCAUCGAGGCACACUUUGGGCAUCUGGCUCCACCUGCUGCACUACAUUAUCAGUAUCUAAUCUGCCAAUCAAACUUUUUGUAAUCUAUAAUAAAGCUAAUUUUUAAAUAAA